UGAUCCAGACAGUGUUAAAGAUGGACGCAUUUUCAGCGUCGUUCAUUACUAAAUCUCUCAUAGCCGGAGGGUUAGCAGGGAUGUGUGCCAAGACAACAGUGGCACCCUUGGACCGCAUCAAGAUACUCCUUCAAGCACACAAUAAACACUACAAACAUGAUGGUGUAUUCAGUGGUUUACGAAAAAUUGUGGCACGGGAGAAUGUUUGGGCCUUGUACAAGGGUAAUGGUGCACAAAUGGUUCGGAUCUUUCCCUACGCUUCAACACAGUUCACAUCCUUUGAGCUCUACAAGAAGGUGUUGAAUGGCAUAUGGGGCCACAACAGAUACCUAAACAAAACUACCUCGGCUUUUGCUGGGUCACUGGCAGGGGUGACAGCAGUGUUUCUUACUUAUCCCCUGGAUACUAUACGUGCAAGAUUAGCCUUUCAGGUGUCGGGAGAACAUAUAUACUCGGGCAUUGUCAAUGCUGCAGUAACUAUAUUCCAAACAGAAGGUGGAUUUCGAGCUUUGUAUCGGGGCUUCACUGCAACUGUAUGUGGAAUGAUUCCCUAUGCUGGCCUGAGCUUCUAUUGCUUUGAACAGAUGAAGUAUUUAUGCAUGAAGCAUCUUCCAGAUUAUACUUGCAGACCUUGCGAAAAAAACACUGGUGGGCUAGUACUUUUAGUUCCUGCUAAACUUCUUUGUGGUGGUUUGGCUGGAGCAGUUGCACAAAGCUUCUCGUAUCCCUUUGAUGUCACACGGCGGAGAAUGCAGCUGGCUUGGAUGACUGAAGAAACUCGCAAGUUUGGAGAAAUGGGUAUGGUGGACACAUUACGUCUUAUCUACAAGGAGAAUGGAAUUAGCCGAGGUUUAUAUCGAGGAAUGAGCAUCAACUAUAUGAGAGCGAUUCCAAUGGUAGCAGUUUCCUUUUCAACAUAUGAAAUUACUAAGCAAAUGUUAGGUCUUGAUACAGGCCUUAGUAUCAAGACUGGAUAGCUUGGAUUAUAUGCCAAUACAGUAGCUACAUCAAAUUUAGCUUUUUGUCUGUGAGGGCAUAUUUGUACAGGUAAUAUGAAAUUUUAAAUUUUGUUUAGAAGGUAACUUAUUUCAGUACAGUACUCUAUGUUCAUAUCUAUUAAAAUGAAUUAAUUUGCUAAAAUAUAUAUAAAAUUCCAUAUGGCUAUACCUUUCAUAAGAAAAUUCAUGCCAAAUGAAGAGUUAUUUAUAAGCUGAAGAAAUGUACAAAAAAAUUGUCUAUUACUUUAUGAAUAAGACCCAUUUGAACACUAGGUAGAAAAGUUUUGCAGUGAUAUUAUCUUGAUAAGUAUGAACAACCAAGUUAAAUUCCAUUACUUAUGCCCUGUAUCACACAUUGAAAUAUCAGCUAAUGUUACCUUAGCACGAAAGCAUAAUAUUUACGGUAAAUUUGGGUUUGGAAAUUCAAAUCCAUUCCAUUUUCUCUAACCCUUUUAUUUUUCAUAUAAUAGUUGCAUUGAUUACUAAUAAAGGUAAGCAUAACAAGUACUGCUGUUAGACAACCAUUGACAUGUACAUUUAACUUUUGCUCAUAGUUCACUAUCAUCAAAAAUGGAUCUAGUAAGUUCAGGCCUCAUACAGAAGUGCAUUAUAGCAUGCGAUAAAAGCGUCGGUUGAAUGGUUACACGAGAGUGAGCUCUUCAUACACUAAGUCAUCAGAUACAGUGGCAAAAAAAUAAGUAAUGAUCAAGAUGCAUUAUUUGUGAUGGGUUUUGUACAAGUGGUAAAGUAUGUGUAUUGAUGAAUGUACAUCUUAAUGGUGUGACAGUGUUAUAAUGACAUAAUGUACUGUAAAAACAUGUUGUACUUACCAAGGACUUAAGGAAAUUUUGUUAGGGAUCUAGUGGUGUAAAGAUACUGUACUGUAUGGCAUAAUAUGUAUUUUGAUGAUAUUUUACUAUCUUUAAUUGUUGAAUGUAAAUUAUAGUAUAACAGAGAAUUAUUGCAGAACUGUUAUAAAAUAAGCAAGCCCAUAUUUGAACGCUGCUUUCCUGAUGGGCUUAAUGUUCAGAAAACAAUUCUAAACCAGUGCACAUGUUCCGUCUGAUGUGCAGUACAGUAAAUCAGCAUGUGUCCAGUGAGGAUGACCUAGUGUGUUUUAAGCUUCAAGCAAUAAAAUGCUCCAUUCAUGCACCUUGAAGUGAUAGAAAGCAUUAUUGUAUAGCAAUGAUUUAUUUCAUAAAAAUUUCACACUUCAAUUAUUACAUUUAUUUAUUUUCUGAUAGGCACUUAUUGUUUUGAAUUGUCAUGUAUAGUAUUUGAUUUCAUAUCAUUAAAUUCAGUGAAUCUCUAUAUUCAUCAGAUUCUAUAUCCAUCACAUUUUACAACAAAAAUGCUUCUAUGUUCAUCAGUAUUUUCCAUAUUCAUGACCCACCGGAACAUCACGCAGUCAACUAGUCCACCCAGUCAUCCUUGUGGCUAGAAUAUGUCAGAGAGACUUUGAAGGUUUUGACUCGGAGCCUGUUGUUGAGGAAAUGGUGUGUGGGCUGGUUCAUGGGACUAGAGGUUGAUAGUGAGGAUGUAGAGGAUGGUGGAGGACCAUGGAAGGGAGCACACCACAUUAAAACUGUUGGAUCUUUAUAAAGAACAGGAAGCUGAAACAGUGGAGGAAACUUUAUCAAAGGAGGAAGGGUCCAAUUGGGCCCAAACACAGAAUAUGGUAGAAAAGUGGCGCCCGAACAUUGCCACAGUUAAUCAAAACAAGUGCAUUCAAUGGCGAUGUAAGUGGCUACUUCAGUGAAGUUUUAAAAAAUAGAGAUGGACAACAUUGUAUAAGGUCUUUGCUAAGCAGAGUGCUGGUGAAUUGUUGGCAAGGGGAAUAGAAUGACAAGUCACCAGAACUGGAGUUACCUGAUGUUUUAAUGGAAGGUGAACCCCCUUCUAAGCAAUAAUUCCUUUCCUCCUCUUUGGCUUCUACCAUUUUCUCUCCUCAGUACAGUAAACAUAAAAGUCCUGGCUAAAUUUUUAUAUAUUUAUGUAUUAUUUUUUGGGACUGGAAACAGAUUUAAAUUUCAGUUACAUACUUCUUAUGGGAAAUAUGUUUACAAUAUUCAUCAGGCCGUCAAACAGAUUAAUGAUGAAUACAGAGGUUCCACUGUCUUUACUACUAGCUGAUUAAUGAAGGCUUUCAUGAUUUAGUGAUAUUUAUUAUAAUAGUAUGAUGUAUCUUCGCAGUAUAGGAGAGUAAUUGUUCAUAGUUCUUCACUUAAUUUAAAUUUGCAAGACAGCCUAGUUGAAAUGGUAGUGAAUAAUUGAAGUUUUAUAUUAAAAUCCUGCAAUACAUGUGUAACUACACGUUACAGGUCGGCAGAAUUAACUGCAAUGUGAAAAUUAUAUUUUUAAAAUUAAAGGAUGUUAAAAGCUUUGCUAAUUUGCAAAAAUAUAUUUUAGAAUACUGUAACUAUACAAUAGCAUAAUACACUAUUGUCAAUGAAAAUAAAACAUUAUUUAAACAUUUUAGAUAUAAGUGAAUAUUUAUGUACUCACCUGAAUGUGCUUGCAGAGUCAAUCACUUAACUUCUGAGCUCUGCCUUACCUGAUGUCUGUUGUUCAAUACAAUGACUCCCAACCCUCCUUAGUCCAACCACUUGGGCUGGACGGUAGGGCGACGGUCUCGCUUCAUGCCGGUCGGCGCUCAAUCCCCAACUGUGCAAGUAGUUGGGCACCAUUCCUUUCCCCGGUCCCAUCCCAAAUCCUGAACUCUUUCAACUGCUAUUAUAGUUGUAGUAAUGAUUUGACACUUUCUCCUGAUAGUUAACUUGGUUCCCAA